GAACCAAGUUGAUGAAUCGGUUUAAACCCGGUUAAAGAUUUAGGUUAAUCUCUCAUCAUUUUCUCGUCUUGAACCAGUGUCGUGCAAACACAGGAGAGAGUUUGUUGAUCUCGACCUCGUUCCACUCUUGAAAGAGAACUAUAAGGGUCACUAAAGUUCCGAAAGAAUCAGCGCCACUCUCCUCCUUCCCGCUUUGCUCUCGGAACCUUUUGGAUAAAAGAUAAGAUGAGCAGUGAAGUUGGUAGAGUAUACCGUGACCUUCUUAAAGCAGUGGUGAAACAUGUUGGCAAAGAAGACCACAAGUCUCAUUUCACAGACUUUGUCAAGCACGAGUUUCGCAAGAACCCAAACUCACUCGACAAAAUCAACCUUGCCCGCAACUACGCUUAUCUUCUUAAUAGCAUUCACUCUCACAAGGAUCUGUUGUUCUCGUACAACAUUGCAGUUGACAGAACUGAAGAAAUGAAACGAGUUCUCGGGAAGUCUGCAGCUAGUGUAGGUCUUCGUCUUCCCGAGGUUUACCAGCCUUGAUCAUGCAAAAUGCAUUUAAGCGCCACUCUGGUGUCUUCAUUUCCUUAUUAGACAUAUCUUGGUUAACUUGAAUAAGUGGUAUCCUGUUCCGAAUUAACAGAUCUGUUAACUUGAACAGGCUGUUCGUAGCCUCUUGCAUUAACAGUUCUGUGAUGCGUGGAUUUUACAAAUUUUCCUUGUGUUGUUUACACAUACGUUUGGGGACAAAAGUAUGGUACCAAGAACAUAUUCAGGUUCUUGAUAUAUAUACAAAUAUGUUUAUCAAACAACCAAUGUGAAAGAAGUGAUGACAAACUCGAUAUAAUAAAGAUCUUCAUUUCGAAAACCAA